CCCCGUUUCUCUCCCUCCCCGGGCGGAGUUGGGCUUGUUUUUAAGCCGCCCCGCUUUGUCCGCUUCUGGCUGGGCUCGGCCUAAAGAAGAGGGGUCGCGGGGUGGUACGGGGCGGGUGGCCCCUCGCCAGCCCCGACCCUCCCGUCGCGCCGCGCCGCUUUUUCCGCGGUUCCAGGACUGGCUGGGGUCCGAGGGGGGAAAUGGGACGCUGUCAGAGAAAAGGGGGCUCCCGCAAUCCCCAGCCAAGGAGGAGAUGCUUCGUUCUGCUGCCCGGGCAUGACGGCCCUAAAGCAGUAUCGUCGGAUCAGGGUGUUGUUGUUGUUGUUUUGCCAGCCUGCCUGCCUAAUUUUAAGGUGCCACCAUAUGGAUGGUGAUAAUUCUACAACAGAUGCUUCACAGCUGGGAAUUGCUGGAGAUUAUAUUGGUAGUAGUCACUAUGUGAUCCAACCUCAUGAUGAUACUGAGGACAGCAUGAAUGAUCAUGACGAUACAAAUGGUUCCAAAGAGAGUUUUAGAGAACAAGAUAUAUAUCUUCCUAUUGCAAAUGUGGCAAGGAUAAUGAAGAAUGCUAUACCUCAGACAGGAAAGAUUGCUAAAGAUGCAAAAGAAUGUGUGCAGGAGUGUGUCAGUGAAUUCAUCAGUUUUAUCACAUCAGAAGCAAGUGAGAGGUGUCAUCAAGAGAAACGGAAGACAAUAAAUGGAGAAGAUAUUCUCUUUGCUAUGUCUACUCUGGGGUUUGAUAGCUAUGUUGAACCUUUGAAGUUGUAUCUUCAGAAGUUUAGAGAGGCAAUGAAGGGAGAAAAAGGCAUUGGUGGAACAGUUACCACAGCAGACGGCCUUAGUGAGGAGCUCACAGAGGAAGCAUUUACUAGCCAGUUGCCAGCAGGUUUGAUAACUACAGAUGGCCAACAACAAAAUGUCAUGGUUUAUACAACGUCCUAUCAACAGAUUCCUGGUGUUCAACAAAUUCAGUUUUCAUGACUUGAAGACUUUAGACAUGUAAGAAAUAUGAACAAGGGACGCUAAAGGAAAGAGAACUUGAAUUUGAAUUGGCUAGCGAAGAAAGAAAUGUCACUUUGUAUAUUCAAUAGUUGUAAUGUAGCUUCCUGAGGCUUGACUAAUUGAGACGUGAACUCUGAAUCAAACCUUUUUUCAUGAGUGAUUUUAAAAGAAAUUUGGAUUUUAAAGGUAUUAAAAUAUUUUUUUUGUUUUGUACAAGAGUUUGUUGCUCUGUAUAACUCCUAUAUGCAUUGUAUAUUGCAAUUUACUACUGUCAAGAGAUUUGUAGACAGUUUCUUAUUUUCAUAUUGAAUCAUGUUACUUUUGUAAUUCAAGUAAACAGCUGGGUUUAAUUCACGUUUACCCUUUGAAUAAAACAUAAGGGUACCGUUCAUUUUGAAUGCAAGUUGCCUUUAUUAUAAAAAUUGAGAUGAUCUUUUGUUUUGUAUCUGUCUUGCAUGAGUUGAAUUAAAUAUUUAUUAAUAUUUAACUUGAAAUUCCUCAAAUGCCCACAAUUCAAAAUGAGCGCUCCCAGUACUUUUAAUAUAAUACUUCAAAUAAUGGGAAUCUAGAAGUAACCCAUCUUUGGAUCCUAGCAUUAUAACCUUGGGUCAUGGUCCCUGGGAACUAUUUUGCACAAGCUGUAAAAGAAUGAAGGUGGGUUUGUCACGAACUGUUGUCUUGUAUGCAGAAUUAGUUCUGUGGAUUGUCUGGUACCCAGUAUCAGUGUUAACUGUAUCUGGUAGUGCAGUCCCUGUUUUGCAACAAUUAGAAAUAUGUAGUAAAAGGGUUUUUUUUUUUGUUGAUCUUUGAAUAGGGAUAUUCAUCUUGCUACUUUUGAAAUAAAUUCCUUUUAAUUUAUGAUUUCUCUCGAAAGAAGCCAGAUUCUGUUUGAUACUUUAUUGUCAAAUUACCUCUUUAACAUCUUCAUAGUCAUGUGUGGGACCUUGGAUGUUAAUUACUGUGGAAGCUAAGAGGGGCAUGUAUUUCCAGGGAUGUAAAUGGAAGGUUUGAGCAUCUAUUUGGCUGUUUUCCUGUUGAUGCAAUAAAUUUUAAGAUACUUACAAA